AUGUCUUCCAAUGAAGAAAGACCCAUAAUUGAAUUAUUAUGGAAAGAGUUAAACGAUUUGAAACGCCAGAAUAAAAUGCUAAAAUUAGAAAAAGCUAAGCGACUGCAUAAAGAUGGUUAUCGUUGCUGGAUAAACAUGGAAGAUGCGAAGGCGGUCGAUAAAUUAAGUGAAGCAUGUAAUCUUUAUGAAGAAGUAUACGAGAAGUCAUCCAAAAAGUUGGGAAAAUUCUAUAUACUAUACGCAAAGUCGUUGAAAUACUUCGCCUCGCGUUCGACUAAAAUUAUUGGCGAUUGCAGCGAUUACUUCGAUAAAAACGAUGAAGAGAAUGACGGUAAUGAAUUGGAUGAAUGGAAUGAGGACAGUGACGACGACGAUUCAGAAAGCAAAGAAAAUGUCGAGAGUAAUACUGAAGCUAAAAUAAUUGAUAAAGAACCUGGAACAACUGCCGAUUCCAAAACAAUUGAAGACAUGAGUAAAUCCACUCAAGAAGACUCUCAAGAGUCAAGUAGCUCCGAUAACAGAAAGGAGACUGUCAAUAUAAAGGAAGAUUCGUCAAUAGGAUCCAUCAAGGAUGGAGAGAAAUUGGCUUCAAAUAAUGAAGAGAGUUUCGAAAAUGCCGAGCAUAUAAAAGACAAUAUAUAUGCUACCAAGUUAAAAGUGGGCCGAGAAAAGUUGAGAUUAGCAAAGGAAAUAUUUGAAGGUCUAGGCAAGGGCGGCCUCAAAAACUUAGAUGAAGUCAAACGGUUGUUAGCAAAGUUUGAAACUCCCAACGAUAUUGAAAAACGCCGAGAGAUUAUACGUCGGGAAUAUAGUAAACUAUACAUUACGAUUAUCGGAAAAGAUGGCAAAGGAGAGCCAAUUUUUGUUGGCUAA